AUGAUUCUCACUCAGUCGCAGAGUAUUGCCGAGCGGCUACGCGAGCGCAAACUCAUCGAUUCCGGCUAUAUGGACAAUCGCGCGUCUUCUAUUCGAGAUAUUGAACUGCCGAAAGUCGAGCGUCACUGGAUGAAGAUUCGUAAUGUCGACAGUGCCGAAGCCGACCUUCUUGCCGCUAUGCAACGUUGGACCGGUAACAUGGACGUCGUCCUGCGUUUCGUAUAG